AUGAUUGUAAUUAGUUCCUAAAUAGGUGCCUUGUAUUAUGGCUAGCAUUAUGCGGCUACAUUGUAUAUAUUGGGAAGUCAGUGAAUGAAAUCCCUUGAGGAAAAUAUUCCAUAAACUCUUUCAUGGUAUCAGUUGCCUAGGGCACAAUUUCCUUCAUCUUCCGCUGCUUUCCUCGGCUAUUGUUCUAUAGCUCACGUUUUCUUUCCAUCUACUCUCUUCUCUUCUCUAUUCUUCACCAUGGGUGAAUCCAAGUCUCAAUAUCACCCUGCUCUUGCUGUCCCUAACAUCAAGGCACACAUUCCCAUUACUCUCGAAAUGGCAAAUAUGCAAUACUCUACGUGGGCGGAGUUGUUCAAGCUUCACGCAAAAUCUCAUCGGGUCCUUCACCAUAUCAUUCCCCCUGCUGCCGGCAAGGAGAAAGUUCCGUCUACCGAGGAAGAAAAGGAACUAUGGCAGACCCUUGAUGCUGCGGUUUUAUCGUGGCUCUAUGGUACUAUCUCGACUGACCUUAUCAACACCGUUAUCGAACCAGAUGCAACAGCAAUGGAAAUAUGGAAUAGGUUGCGUGACCUAUUUCAGGACAAUAAACAUUCUCGGGCUGUGACUCUUGAGCAGGAGUUUUCAACCACGAAUUUAGAGGACUUUCCUAAUGUCUCGGCUUAUUGUCAACGUUUGAAGUCUCUUGCCGAUCAACUCAAGAAUGUAGGUGCACCGGUUUUGGACAGUCGACUGGUCCUUCAGAUGGUUGGGGGCCUUACGAAAGCGUACAGUGGUGUUGGUACGCUUAUUAGGCAGAGCAAUCCCUUACCCGCUUUUUAUCAAGCACGAUCCAUGCUUACUUUAGAGGAGGUCGGCUUGGCCAAGGAUGCUUCACAAGGGUCGGACUCGGCAAUGGUUGCGGCAUCAUUUGAUAAUUCUCCGCUUGACUCCGGUUCUCAUGGUCACUCGAAAGGAAAAAAUCAAAAAAAAAGGGAAAAAUUCAGGCAACCGCAAGAAUUCUGGUGGUGCAGGCCGUGGCUCCGGUGGCGGCAAGGCGGGUCAGUUUUCUGGUGGUGGUUCCGGCGGUGCGUCACGUGGGACAGGCGGCCAACAGUCCUUCUCCCCGUUCUGGCAGCAACAGUGUCCACCAUGGGGGUGGAUGCCUCAAGGGUGGCCCGUGCCACCAUGUCCUUACCCAACUCAGAAUUGGGCCAAGCCCAAUUUCCAACCCAGGCAGCAACCUGGCAUCUUGGGGCCACGACCACAACAAGGCCAGCAGGCCUAUGCAGCUUCUUGUAUUGGGCAGCCCGCGUCCUAUGCUCCGUCUUAUGUUCCAACUGACAUUGAGUCCGCGAUGCACACUAUGACUCUUUCUCAACCCGAUCCGGCAUGGUACAUGGACACUGGAGCUACUUCUCAUAUGACCUCCUCUCCCGGUAAUUUCUCGUCUUAUUUUAAUUUGAGCACUCAUCCUAAUAAUGGCAUUGUUGUUGGUAAUGGUCAUACUAUUCCUAUACUUGGUUAUGGUCAUACUAAAUUGUCUUCCCCUACUGCUCCCCUUAC